AUGGAGGAGAUCUCACUAAGUAACGAUGAAGAAGAAAUCGAAACAGCUGAUCGUGACCACGAGGGCGUGGGUCCUACCACGGAACGAUGGUCCCCUCUUGGCGCACCUGCCUGCGAUGAGAGGCAUUCGACUGAUAACAGCCUGUCAGAGCACAAAAAUAGUCGUCUUGUGCAGUUGGAAGAAGAACAGGAGAAACUGAGCUCCGCUUUGUUGGCGCUGUCGACACAUUUUGCACAAGUCCAGUUUCGACUGCAGCAAAUCUGUAAGGCUUCUGAGGGCGAAAAGGAGAAAUUGCUGAAAGAGUUGGAAGAGUUCGCUUUCAAAGGCUGUCCCGAUAUUUUGGAGUUGAAGCGCUUUCGGCAGUGGCACAGCAACAAUCCGGAUAAUGGCUGA